GUUUUGCUCAAUAUGCAAAGUUUGUGCUUUACAUCAAUCUAGCGUUCCACGUGAUCUGCGCCCGAUGAGCACGUAAUACUGCCCUUGUCAAUCGUCCACAUUUCCCCUUCGCAAGAUAUAUCUACGAUAUGGAUUUCCAUUCUCUCCUUUGAUAUCAGUCUUUCUCGUUCCUGGGAGUGGUGCAAUGUUGCGUUGCUCAGGCAUGGCUUAGCUCUCUUACUCAGCGCUACCUAUUCUAUUCUCGCCCUUCGGCCAUGUCGCAAAGUCCGAAAGUCCGUCCGAGAGCCGGCAUAUCCGCUCUGACAAGCACUCACGACACUCUCUUGAUAUGCCUUUCUAUGUCCGCGUCGCUCUCUAGGAGAAGUCGGCCGACGUACCUCCCAUCUCCAUCAUCUUAUCAGAUUCAUAACUCCCACCAUGUCGGCUCGUAGCACUGGGUCCCGUUCCCGCUCCCGUUCGCCAUCAUCUGACCACGAUGGAUCGCCAGAGAAGAGGGCCAGCAAGAAGAGAAAGGUGCUCUCGUGCUAUGCUUGUCGGAACCGGAAGAUGAAAUGUGACCGCCUGUUCCCAGUAUGCGGUCGCUGUGCAAGAACGGGUAGGGCAGAGCAAUGCUCCUAUGACCCAAGAUUGGUGGAAGAGUUUCAAGGGGGUGCACUCGGACACUCGGGGAUGAAUGGUGCUGGAAUGGCGGCUCCGAGCCACGCCCAAAUCAGCAUGCCUUUCAUGCCGCCUCCACCCCAUGGAGGUGCGCCAACCUCUGAUUCCGUCGCCUGGAAAAUGCAGAUGCAGCAACAAAGGAUCGAGAUGCUAGAAAAGAAGCUUGCGGGUCUGGAUACCUCCCAGUCAACUCUUGGUACAGGGUUUAGCCAAGAUGAUGAGACCCCAAAUAACGUCGAACCGCCCAAGGAAUCCAUGAUGUUCAGAGGAAGUAGUUUCAAGACCCAUUUCUACGGUUCUACAAGUCCAAUGGCUCUUCUCGUUCAGUUUCCUGAGGUUCAUGUCUUUACAAAAGGUGCGAUGACUUCAGAUUCCGCGAUGGCACGCAUCAAGGCCGACUUCAAGUCAUUCCGCGCCCGCAGGAAAGUCAUCAAGGCAAGCACCCAUCAGCCUGGCCAAUAUAUCCCGGAUGCCGACAUCUUAGCACUCAUACCUCCAAAAGAUGUCGUGUACAGUCAUGUGUUGCUCUACUUCCAGAACUACGAGAACACAUACCGUAUCUUGCACCGUGGAUCCUUCUGGCGGGAGUUCGAGCGGUUCAGUGAGAAUCCCGCAGACAGCGAAUCGUGCUUCUACGUCACUCUACUUCUGGUUAUGGCUACUGUGCGUUGCCUAUCUGACGAAGGGGAUAAGGUGUUCCUCGGUGACAGCUCGUCUGGACGCGAAGAAGCAGGAGCAUGGAUCGAGGCCGCUGAAACAUGGGUUGCUCGUCAAAGCCGAAAACAUCUCACGCUCCCUUUCUUCCAGGUCCAAUGUCUCCUAAUUCUCGCAAGACGUAUCAACAGCAUCAAAGUGAAGCAGGACUGGAUACACACUGGUGAGUUGAUUAGAUGCGGAAUGUCCGCAGGCCUACAUCGCGACCCGGCGCUGCUUAACCCCAAGAAGACGGACGAGUUCACCAAGGAGAUGAGACGGCGAAUUUGGGCAACUAUGAUGGAACUAGAACUACAAGCCUGUCUCGAGAAAGGGAUGCAGUCUUGCCUGACCAGCCUCAGUUUCGACUGUCCCGUCCCCGCGAAUGCCGAAGAUUCUGUCUUCUGCACGGGCAGCGCCUCAGCACCACUUCCACAAACCUUUUCCGAUUUCACAAGCUCGUCAUACCUUCACAUCUCUCGCCGCAGCCUCCCUCUCCGAAUCCACCUGACCUCCUUACUCAACACCCCGAAGGGCGGUCUCCAGUACGAAGACGUGAUCCACUAUGACGCUCAACUCAACGCCGCCAUCGCCGCUCUCCCAAACUGGACGGGCACCCAUACCCAGAACGCCGCCAUCCUCCUCGACCUCCAGCUCCGCCAAUUCCUCCUCAUCCUACAUCAGCCCUUCACGAAGCUUGCUGGCAGUAAUCCGCGCUACGCAUAUUCCACAACUGCUACCCUCAGCGCGGGUAGCAAGAUACUCAUGCAGCACACCACUCUCACAGCCGCCGGCUCGCACAUGCUCAACAUGCUCCGCAACGACGUCUUCCGCGCCGCCAUCUCACUCGGCCAAGCAAUAUACGCCAUAUCGGUGCCCCCAGUCCUCCCAUUGCCGCAAAACGGCUCCGCGGUCAAUCGUGGACCUCCGCGCGAGCAACCUGAGCAGCCAGAUAUCAAUGACCCAGACAAUCCGCUGAAGUAUCCCUCAACCUCAUCUCAUCCUCCUCUUGCGCUGCUAGGCGCCGUUAAUAACAUCAGUCCCAUCUCCUCCAACUUCCUCCUUACCACCAUCGCCACCGCCGCGGCGCCCCUCCUCGACACCGCCCUCGAGAUCUUCGAAUCCAAGGCCUUGCGUCUCGGCACUGGCUACAUGGAAUACUGGAUCAUGGCCGCCGCCGCUGGACUGGCCGCGCCCGCUCCCGCCGGCGCGUCGGGGACGGAGGAAGACGCGGCACGAGCGCGCGGGCAAAAGGCGAUUGAGAAGAUAACAAGAUUGUGCUACAAGGUGCUUGCGCUGCAGCCGAGCGUCGGGAGCGAGCUGGGAGAUAGCUUGAGAGCGGGUUUGGGGGUAGACGGCGCGCAAUCUAGUGGGGCCGCGUAUUCGAGUGCUGGUGGACAAGCUGGAGGUAGUGGACCGGGGGCUCAGCUUGGGGGAAAUGUUGGUACGGAUGGCACGAACGCGAAUGGUGGCGGUAUGAUGGAUAUUGGGCUUGGAGUACGCGAGUUGGAUGACUUGCCGCCUUUUGAUACGCCGACGGAUAAUGGGCUGGGGUGGGCGUGGACGGACUUUUGGGAGUUUGAUAUGGGGGAUCUGUAGAUGUGUAUAUACAGUCCUGGGACAUGAGUUUGAGUGCAUGUUUUUGCCGCCGGUUGGGGUACUUCUAUAGACUUUUCAAACUCUGAAUACGAUGUAAAAGGUAGACGCAAUAGAGAGCAAGCUGCUUUCUGACUAAUCGGAUGCCUGCCCUCUGCGCUACUCCUCACGGUGGUGUUGAGCGUGCAAGAACUGGAC